AUGCUUGUUCCUGAAUCGCUGGCAGGGCGAGCAGCUCUCUGCAAGGAUAUCGCCUGCACGAGGCGACCGAAUCCAGAAAUUGCAGAGUCACGCUUGGAGAGGGCAGAGGAGCCGCUGUUCUGCCUGGACAUUGACGCCGACUGGGAGGCGGAGGCCAGAAUCAACGGCUGCGGCACCACUUGCGAGCUGACCGAGGCGCGUGAAGCGUGCAUCCAGACAUGGACGGUGGUGCUGGAGGGGUGCGGUAUGCGUGUGCGUGUGCGUGUGCGUGUGCGUGUGCGUGUGCGGGCGAGGGCGAGGGCGAGGGCGAGGGCGAGGGCGAGGGCGGCGAGGGCGAGGCCGACAGAACGGCUGCGCGCGUGCUCUGCAGCCCCGUCAUAUACCUACAGUCUCAGUCUCGACCGCUGCGACUGCGACUGCCUUCAUGAUGAUGGGCAACGGCGCCAAACUCCCUCCUUGCCCGUGCAGUGUGCCCGCACCCAUGUGCAUCGCAUCGCAUCGCAUCGCAUCGCAUCGCAUCGCACGCGUAUGCGCUUGGACCGGUCCCGUCCACAGCCAACGCUGCUUUUUGUGAUGAUGAAGGCCGGACCAACCGCAUGCACGACCGCGCGUGGAGCGAAGGAGUCGCGCGCUGAGAGAGUUUGGGCUACAGUACACAAUGAACGGGAGAUGGUGUUGAUUGGCGCUGAUGCUCAUUGGAUUACUGCUAAUCGCUAUAAAAUUACUUUCUUCUACGACUAUAGCGGAAGGCUUGCUCUCGCUAAUUGCUAUCUCUUCGACCUCGUUAUUAUUAUUGCUUAUAGUUAG